CCCAGUUCUAGGGAUGAAGGGGACUCUCAGCCAUGGCUGGCAUCAGAGGUGGAGGCCUCUGAACCACCUCCAACGUUGUGGUUUCCUUCAGAUGUAGAACAUGGCCGUGGCUUGUUGCCUCCUUUCUUCAAGGUGUUGUCAGAUCACAAUCACCAGGGGCUGGAAGAUGGCACCCGCAGACCACAGCCAGAUGCCAGAGCUCUGAGAUACAUGAAGAGACUAUAUAAAAUGUUUGCCACCAAGGAAGGGAUCCCAAAGGUCAACAGAAAUAAUCUCUAUAACACAGUCCGGCUCUUUAGCCCACAUGUGCAAUGCAAGCAUCCAUCUGAAGGCCAAGUAAAAGGAGAUCUUCAUUCGGUGGACCUGCUUUUCAACUUGGACUGGGUUACUCAUGUGGAGUACUUACUUAAGUCCAUCUUGCUCUAUUCAUUUGAUAAGUCCAUUUCCAAAUCUUCAGCUCUUACAUGCACAUGCAACCUCACUGUACAGGAGUACGAUGCCUCUAAUCAAGUGUGUUCCAACAUGUCACAGGCAAUGACUUUCAAUAUGCAGCUUGAAAUCAGACGCAAGUGGGUUGAGAUUGACGUGACCUCUUUUCUUCAGCCUCUGAUAGCUUCCAACAAGAGAAAUAUUCAUAUGGCUGUGAAUUUCACUUGCCUGAAAAAUGACCAGUCCCCCAAAUUGAAUCAGGACUCCUUCAAUAUGGUACUGGUAGCACCUUCUCUUCUUCUGUACCUAAAUGACACUAGUGACCAAGCUUAUCAUAGGAACAAUCGUCUCAAGCGCAGGAGGAAAAACCCUUUGUGGUCUGGACGCAGGAAGGGUUCUUUCACAGUUCCCAAUAAAGAAACUCCACAAAAAGUUCGUAAACAAGCCAAAAGAGCCCUUCGACGCCGACGAGAUGGAGGGAUGGAGAAUACACCCAUUCUAAUACAUGACUUAAGUCAAUACUAUGAACAGUUCCUCUUUCCCCAAAAUGAAUGUGAGCUUCACAACUUUUGGCUAAGAUUCAGCCAGUUGAAAUGGGACAGAUGGAUAAUUGCACCCCGCAGAUACAAUCCCCACUAUUGCAAGGGUAAAUGUCCAAGAGUAGUUGGGCAUCGCUAUGGCUCUCCUGUCCAUACGAUGGUACAGAACCUCAUUUAUGAAAAGCUAGAUUCUUCUGUUCCCAGACCCUCCUGUGUUCCUGCGGAAUAUAGCCCUCUAAGUGUCUUGAAGGUAGAGCCUGACAGAUCCAUUGUGUAUAAAGAGUAUGAAGAUAUGAUAGCUACCAAAUGUACUUGUCGUUAAACCUAGCUUAAUUUACCAGUGCUUUCCCUAGUAUUGCAAAAAAUAGAA